AUGAAAAUGGGAUGCCUGUUAAACGAAACAAAUAUUCCAAAAUUGGAAGCUGCAGCAGCUGUGGCCAAGGAAAGCAACCAAUGGUCAACUGGGCAGAGUUACUUCCCCCACCUCCUGAACAUCCACCACCAAGUGAACUUGGCUCACCUCCAGAUCAUUCUGUUGAUUCUUCCCUCCAUCGUAUCAACAGCAAUGUAGCCGAAACACGCUUCAUGGACAAUCGCAGUCCCAUGUCUCCGGUGUCAAAAAUUUCUGCUUGUUCCUGUCCUGCUCCACAUGACAGAAUGGUUCCAAUAUUGCGUCCGAACAUCCCUUAUUCUGAUAUAGAGUACCCCACCCACCCGGGUCCAUCCCAUCGCUACCACGGAGACCUCACUGGUAAUUACCAAGAUGGUAGUGGGGGCAGUGGUGGUGGCGGCAGCGGGAGCAGCAACUAUAACUCUGAUAGACCUUACUCACCAAAACAGUUGAACUCUGCAAGGUCGCAGACCACGGAUGCUGUGCUGCAUCGGUGCCCCUCCCCGAGGUCGUGUCACAACUGUGGCAGUAGUAUACAACAAUCCUCUGGGCACCAGUUGCCGCAGUCUUCAUCAUCGUCAUCCUCAUCAUAUAAUAACCCCCACAUGCACCACCAUCAUCACCCACUCCACUCAGAUUCCUUUGUGACUGUUAGUCAGCGUGCACCAUGUGUAGGCGAAAUGAGUGACUCUAGGAUUGGCUUGUACCCGCAGGCAGGUAAUGUUUAUUCGCAAGCACCAGCAUCUGCGCCCUUCACUCAGCAAGGCGGAGGACCGUAUCCAUAUAAUCCUAUGCAUCCAUAUCCACCGCCAGCUCUGCAUGGAUACAGAAUCCCGCCUAUGGAGUCAGGUGAUCAGCGGGGUACCUGUGAUCUUGAACUGUAUCAAAGUCGGAUGUACCCUCCAGGGUACGAAGGUCCUCAUGUGGAUAGAGCUUGCCAGUCAUCCUUGCCUAGCCUAGCUAGUGAAAAUAUGCAGCCAGGCUUUGGCAGACG